AGGCACUCGUAGAGACGUGUAAUCGGUCGCCAGAUUAUGGUUCGACAGGAGCGGAGUGAGGUGGCAGGGACUGGCAGCAGUUGACUCCGGUAUAAUAAGAGCUGGCUGUUUAGCUGUGUCAUUUUUUUGGCCUGGACACGAUCCUUCAAGAAGGUGUGAUUGUCACUGACAAGGUCCUGCUCUAUCCAGCGCUGCCAUGUCGGCGAAGGCCAUCUCAGAGCAGACAGGGAAAGAGCUGUUGUAUAAGAACAUCUGCACCUCGGCGGCCGUGCAGAACCGUUUCCAUUAUGCUAGUGUAACAGCUGAGACUGACUGGGCCCGCCUCACACAGGACCAUUCAUGGCUGCUGACAGAGAGGCUGGUGGUGAAGCCAGAUCAACUGAUAAAGCGGCGCGGGAAGCUCGGCCUAGUGGGGAUCAACAAGGACCUGCAGGGCGUCCGGGAGUGGCUCAAAGACCACCUAAUGAAGGAGACAACUGUGGGAAAGGCAAAGGGUGUGCUGAAGAACUUCCUCAUUGAGCCAUUUGUCCCACACACACAGGAGGAAGAGUUUUAUGUAUGCAUCUAUGCCACACGUGAGGGCGACCACGUGCUUUUCCACCACGAGGGAGGAGUGGAGGUGGGUGACGUGGAUGCCAAGGCCCAGAAGCUGAUGGUUCCAGUGGAUGGCAAGCUCACUGAGGACCUAAUCAAAGAGCGGCUGCUUACACAAGUUCCCGACGACAAGAAGGAUGUUUUGGCCAGUUUUAUAGUCGGCCUCUUCAACUUGUAUGAGGACCUCUACUUUACCUACCUUGAAAUCAACCCUCUUGUCGUCAAUCAAGACGGAGUAUAUGUCCUUGACAUGGCAGCCAAGAUUGAUGGCACAGCGGAUUAUAUCUGCAAGGCUAAAUGGGGGGACCUUGAGUUUCCUCCACCCUUUGGCAGAGAGGCGUACCCUGAGGAGGCCUACAUAGCUGAUCUGGAUGCAAAGAGUGGUGCAAGUCUGAAGCUGACCCUGCUGAAUCCCCGAGGCAGGAUCUGGACCAUGGUGGCCGGAGGAGGUGCUUCUGUUGUCUACAGCGACACCAUCUGCGAUCUGGGUGGGGUGGACGAGCUGGCUAAUUAUGGCGAGUACUCAGGCGCACCCAGUGAACAGCAGACCUACGACUACGCAAAAACCAUCUUGUCUCUCAUGACACGUGAAAAACAUCCUCUAGGGAAAGUGCUGAUCAUUGGAGGAAGCAUUGCAAACUUCACCAACGUAGCAGCCACAUUCAAGGGCAUUGUCAGGGCCAUUAAAGAUUACCAAGGCCCUCUGAAGGAACACGAGGUCACCAUUUUUGUUCGACGUGGCGGUCCGAACUACCAAGAGGGACUCAGGGUGAUGGGGGAAGUAGGGAAGACCACAGGGAUCCCCAUUCAUGUGUUUGGAACUGAAACCCAUAUGACUGCCAUUGUUGGGAUGGCACUGGGCCACCGACCAAUCCCUAACCAGCCCCCGAUGGAUGCCCAUACAGCGAACUUUCUCCUCAAUGCUAGCAACAGUGCAGCGACUCCAGCUACAACAAGGACUGCUUCAUUCUCCGAGCCCAAGUCGCCCACUGAUACCUGCCCGGCCAAGAAGUGUAAAGCAGGGCUUCCAACAGACUCGCUCCAUUCUAUACUGUGGCCUCUGAAGAAUGUGGUCACAGGCGAUUGGAAAGAAGCGCAAGCCUCUUCAGGCUGCAGCGGAGCUAAAGCAACCACUCUCUUCAGAAAAAACACCAAGACCAUUGUUUGGGGCAUGCAGACACGCGCCGUGCAAGGCAUGCUGGACUUUGACUACGUAUGCUCCCGGGAAGAACCCUCUGUGGCAGCCAUGGUCUACCCCUUCACUGGAGAUCACAAGCAGAAGUUUUACUGGGGCCACAAAGAGAUCCUGCUGCCGGUCUAUAAGAACAUGGCCGAUGCCAUGAAGAAGCACCCCGAGGUAGACGUCCUAAUCAGCUUUGCUUCGCUGCGCUCUGCCUUUGACAGCACAGUGGAAGCCAUGCAGUACCCACAGAUUCACACCAUCGCCAUCAUAGCCGAGGGCAUCCCCGAAGCUCUGACUAGGAAGGUGAUAAAGAUGGCCGACGAGAAAGGAGUCACCAUCAUUGGCCCUGCCACGGUUGGUGGCAUCAAGCCAGGUUGUUUUAAGAUUGGCAACACAGGCGGUAUGCUGGACAACAUCCUGGCUUCUAAACUUUACCGUCCCGGAAGUGUGGCGUAUGUGUCGCGCUCUGGGGGCAUGUCCAACGAGCUGAACAACAUCAUCUCACGCACUACAGAUGGCGUCUAUGAAGGGGUGGCCAUCGGAGGAGACAGAUAUCCAGGCUCGACCUUCAUGGACCACGUCCUACGUUAUCAGGACACUCCAGGAAUUAAGAUGAUUGUUGUAUUGGGAGAGAUUGGUGGAACAGAGGAGUACAAGAUCUGCCAGGGCAUCAAGGAAGGCAGGAUAACAAAACCUGUGGUCUGCUGGUGCAUUGGAACCUGCGCCACCAUGUUUGCCUCAGAGGUUCAGUUUGGCCAUGCAGGAGCUUGUGCCAACCAGGCUUCAGAAACAGCGGUGGCCAAGAACCAGGCUCUGAGGGAUGCUGGAGCUUAUGUACCAAAGAGCUUUGAUGAGCUGGGUGACGUCAUCAAGACUGUGUAUGAUGAAUUAGUGGCCAAUGGUACCAUCGUUCCUGCCCAGGAGGUUCCUCCCCCAACAGUACCUAUGGAUUAUUCCUGGGCCCGGGAGUUGGGCCUGAUUCGUAAGCCAGCCUCAUUCAUGACAAGCAUCUGUGAUGAGCGAGGCCAGGAGCUCAUCUAUGCUGGCAUGUCCAUCACUGAGGUCUUCAGAGAAGAGAUUGGUAUAGGAGGAGUGCUAGGAUUGCUCUGGUUCCAGCGCAGGUUACCACGCUACGCCUGCCAGUUCAUUGAAAUGUGCCUGAUGGUGACUGCUGAUCAUGGGCCUGCAGUCUCCGGCGCUCACAACACGAUUGUCUGUGCUCGUGCGGGCAAAGACCUUAUCUCAAGCCUCACAUCCGGCCUGCUCACCAUCGGGGACCGUUUCGGAGGUGCUCUGGAUGCGGCUGCAAAGCAGUUCAGCAAGGCAUUUGACAGCGGCAUGAUCCCCAUGGAGUUUGUCAACAAGAUGAAGAAGGAUGGCAAGCUGAUUAUGGGUAUCGGCCACAGGGUCAAAUCAAUCAACAACCCAGACAUGCGAGUGCAGAUUCUGAAGGACUUUGUGAAGCAGAAUUUCCCUUCCACCCAGCUGCUUGACUACGCCCUCGAUGUAGAAAAGAUCACCACCUCUAAGAAACCCAACCUGAUCCUAAAUGUAGAUGGCUUUAUUGGUGUUGCCUUCGUGGACAUGCUUAGAACUUGUGGAGGCUUCACACGAGACGAGGCUGACGAGUUUGUGGAGAUCGGUGCACUAAAUGGGAUCUUUGUCCUCGGCCGUAGCAUGGGCUUCAUUGGCCAUUACCUGGAUCAGAAGAGGCUGAAACAGGGUCUGUACCGCCACCCAUGGGAUGACAUCUCCUACGUGCUCCCUGAACACAUGUCCAUGUAAUUCCCUUGUCACAGAAUGGAAAUCACUUCCAGACGAUGAUGUCAGGCGGUAUUACACAUCUCAUGUAACUUGUAUCUCCUCUCUAGUUAUGAUAGCAGCUGCCAAGGGGGGUGGAACUGGGCAGGGUUACUUUGGAAAGUGGGAAGUACUGUUUAUCUGAGGAACCUGGGUAGAAGUUUUCAAUCUAGUUUUUAUGGAGGAAAAAGGGGAAGUAUAUUUCUAGGCUCAGUUUUUGAGAACUAAUUUAAAAGGUCUGAGAUGUAACUUGUUUAGUUUUUAACAAACAGCCACACCAAUGCAAAUCUUAGCUGCAGGAGCACAAAAUCACUUGGUACACAGAGUCAAAAUUGAGAGAUGGUUAUGCUUAGUUGGGUAUAGGAGCAAGAUCCAAGCAAAAUUUCAGUCCUUAAUCCUGCAAUGCAUAGUCUGCAUAGUAACCUCUGUUAAUGGCUGCAAAGCAUUUUUUAAAAUACUUAAUCUGCCUGGUUUAGACCACAAGAAAAGGUGCUUAAAUGUGCUUUCUGGCUUUCCGAGUGCUGCAAAUUAGUUUAAACACUAGAUCCCUUUUUAAACUCCUUCACCAUGAUUCACUCCUAACAAAAAAUAGUCAAUCUCAUCCCAAAUUAAACCAAAGUUAUUUUAGGGUGUUUUGUUUAUUUAAUUAAAAAAAAGAAGAGGAAAAAAAAAAGCAAGAUGCAGUGGUAGAUGGUACAAAUGUCAUGAAAAGGAUACAUCAUUAUGGAAAUGAGAGGAAUUAGACACAAGUCAGGAGUCUCUCCACCAUUUGCCUUUCAUGAAACCAGCCUGGGUUAUAGUUAAGUUAAUCAGUUUGUUAGUAUUCUAAUAACUGUAGAAAAAAGGAAGCUGUAGACGCAUCAAGAAGAGGCGAACAAAUGCUUCAUGAAUGAGCCCUGUGAGUCUGGAAAGCCUCUUUUGGUGAGGGACCAUGAAAGCAGUUUGCUGUACUUUGGAAACUUGCAGCACAUAAUCCGGAUGUUCUCCAACUUCCAGUAAAAACUCACAACACUCUGUAACAGCCCACUGUAAUGUCUGCUGUGCUUAAUCUGUUUUUAUUUAAAUGUGAAAAAAGCUUUUUUUGUUUUGUAAUAUGCUGUCAUAAAGUAGUAAAAUAAAGAACUUAUUGUUUUUCUUUUA